ACUCUCGUGAACUCAACGUAUUGUCAGUGUGCUCAGUGUGUGCUCCAAUAUUGUGUUUUGCUGUGCAGUGUGAAAAGAAAUAUUUGGAAAUUUUAUCGGUGUGACGAAAUACGCAUAUUUUAUUUGUGGAAAAAGUGUUUGGGAAAAUUUUUCCAUCAUGUGUGGAGGAUUCACAUGCUCAAAGAAUUCCCUGAUAGCCCUCAAUGUUCUGUAUAUUGUCGUGGGAUUCCUCCUGAUCGGCGUAGGUGUCUAUGGACGUGCUGCUUCUAUUGUCACAAAUCUCCCGAUUGUCGGUGGGAUUUUAGCCUGUGGUAUCAUCCUGCUCCUGAUCUCUGUUCUUGGCCUGGUGGGAACUGUAAAGCAUAAUCAAGUGAUGCUCUUCUUUUACAUGAUUAUUCUGUUCAUGCUGUUCUUAGUCCAAUUCUCCAUUGCCUGCUCGUGUCUUGCUGUUAAUUCUAAUCAACAGAAGCAAUUGGCUGAGCAGGGAUGGAGUCGAGUGCCGGAUUCCAUCAAGGAGGAAGUCCAGGAGACUUUCUACUGCUGUGGAUUUAAUUCCACAGCAUCUGCUGAUCAUCCUGCAUGUGAUAAAAUUACACCCAUUUGCUGUUCCCCUGAAUCUGAUGCUAGCUGUGCUUGUCCUCCGUGCCUCUUCAAGCUCGAGGAAACCAUCAAUAAGGCAUUCAAGAUGUGCGGAGAACUUGGACUUGUCUUCAGUUUUACAGAGGUACUGGCAGUGUUCCUAACAUGGCGCUACCGAAAUCAGCACAAUCCAGAUGAUCUACCAGCGAGAGCUGUUUUUCCGCAACGCAACUAUGAAUAUUAAAUUUUCAUCUCAUAGAAUAAGAGAGAAAGAGACAACUUCAGUGGGAAAAAAAUUAUGUAGAUAUAGUUUUAUGUAAACACAGACUAAGGGGGAAAAUAGCUAUCUCUAAAAAUUUCUAGUCGCAAAAAGAGAUAUUUAACACAUUUUGUAUAAUUAACACAUAUCCCAUUGAAGUUAAAAACUCAGAAAAGUAAAAGGAAAAAAUGUAUCACUGACUGAUAAGACAGAUUUGUGUUGCUCUUAAAAAAUCACAUUUUUAACAUAUUAUUACUGUAAUUGAAAAACAGAUAGAUUUAAGUAGGUUUUUUUUCUAUUUCGUGCUAAUCUUUUACGCAGUUUACAUCAAGAGAUUUAAAUCAGUUUUCAAGAAGAUAUUUUAGACUUUUUUUUUAGCAGUGUUGGUAACAAAAUAGAAAGAAAUGCUAACGCCAAAGAUUUGAUGAGAUCCAAUUGAACAAAAAGAAUAUAAGAAUGAAGACUGAA